UCGUCAAAAGGCCGGCCAUUUCUCAAGCUUUAGCUACUCAUACGCCAAGUGCCGCCCUCUAACCGUUGUCUUCUCCACUCGGCCAUAGUGCUCCCCUCCCCUUCCCCUCUACUCUGAGUUCGCCUUCUCAAGAGCUCCGAUGGCUGGACUAGCGGUCAGCCUGGUGGUGGGCCCACUGGUGUCCCUGGUGAAGGAGAAGGCGUCCAACUAUCUCCUGGACAAGUACAAGGUGAUGGAGGGUAUGGAGAAGCAGCACGAGGUCCUCAAGCGCAAGCUGCCUGCCAUCCUCGACGUCAUCGCCGACGCUGAGAAGCAGGCGUCCCACCAGAAAGGAGUGAAGGUAUGGCUUGGCAGGCUCAAGACGGUGGCAUACCAGGCGAUCGACAUCUUUGAUGAGUUCGAGUAUGAGGCGCUCCGUCGUCAAGCCAAGAAGAAUGGGCACAUCACCAAGCUUGGCAAGGCUGGAGUAAAGCUCUUUCCUACCCACAACCGUGUUAUAUUCCGUAUCAGGAUGGCCAGCAAGCUUCAACGCGUUGUUGGCGCCAUCAAGGUCCUUGUGGAUCAAAUGAACGACUUUGGGUUCAACAGGCUUCAACACCAGCAGGCACCAGCACUGAAGGAGGGGCGUGAGACGGAUUCCAAUAUCGUUGAUCCUAAAAAUAUUGUUAGCCGAUCUAGGCACGAGGAAAGGAAGAAAAUUGUUGAGAUAUUGGUCAACGAUCAAGCUACCAAUGGUGAUCUCAAGGUUCUUCCCAUCGUUGGAAUGGGAGGUUUGGGCAAGACUACCCUCGCUCAGCUCAUCUACAACGAUCCUCAAGUCAAGGAUCAUUUUCAGCUACUAAAGUGGGUGUGUGUGUCAGAUGAUUUCAAUCUAUGUAAUCUUGCCAACAAAAUUUGCAACGCUUCGGAGGGUUCCCUUGAAAAGGCACUGAAGGAGCUUCAGGAACAGCUUAAGGGAAAGAGGUACCUUCUUGUAUUGGAUGACGUAUGGGAUGAGGAGAGCUUCUUGGACAAGUGGGAAAAGUUCAAGGCCUGUCUUGAACAAGGUGGUGUCGGUAGUGCCGUACUAACAACCACCCGUAACACAGAAAUAGCUCAAUUAAUGGGUACAGUUGGGAUCUCACACGAAAGGAAAUACCUUGAUGUCGGAAAUUUAGGCAAGGAAUUCAUACAGGAAAUUAUUGAAACAAGAGCAUUCAGUUUGCAUAAGCGAGAUGAUGAGCUUGUAAACCUGGUUGGUCCGAUUGCAGAGAGAUGUGCUGGGUCGCCAUUGGCAGCCAAAGCUCUGGGGUCUAUAUUGCGUAAGAAGACCACUACGGAAGAAUGGGAGGAUGUGCUACAGAGAAGCAACAUAUGCACUGUUGAGACUGGAAUUUUGCCUAUACUUAAGCUUAGCUACGAUGAGUUGCCAACUGACAUGAAGCCAUGCUUUGCUUUUUGUGCUCUGUAUCCAAAGGAUUAUCAAAUUGAUGUGGACAACCUUAUCCAACUAUGGAUGGCUAAUGGUUUUAUCGUCUUCGAACAAAACAAGGUACCAAUUGAAACCGUGGGUAAACGGAUUGUCAACGAGAUGGUUUCAAGGUCAUUGUUCGAGCAUGUGGAGCAAGAUCCAACAAAGUUCGGGUAUAGUUCUACAACUUUUUUGAAGAUCCAUGACCUUAUGCACGAUGUUGCAGUGUCUGCUACAGAAGACGAGUACAUAUAUGUAACUGAUGAAAUGGAUGAAAGUGGUAAAUUACUUCCAAGUGCUACCCGCCAUAUACAUUUUGAAACAUGGGAGGGACAACUUUUUGCAAAUAUUGAUAUUUUAUCUAUCCGAACGUUGCUUGUAGUUCCUGGGAGAUAUUAUCGAGAUGAGCUGCAUUCAUCCAAAUAUAGUUCUCUGCGAGCACUUGCUCUACCAGCAUCAUAUUAUAAAUAUUUGCCAAUGAAACCAAAGAAUCUGCACCACCUUAGGUACCUUGAUAUCUCUAAGAGUACAAUCAAAGCACUUCCAGAUGACAUAAGCAUACUAUAUAAUCUUCAGACACUUAAACUUUCUGGUUGUGAGGAACUUAGUAUGCUUCCGAAGCAAAUGAAGUACAUGACUGCCCUUUGUCAUCUCUACACUGAUGGAUGCACCAAGUUACAGUGUAUGCCUCCGGAGCUUGGACGACUCACCUCUCUUCGAACACUUACAUGUUUUGUAGUGAGCAGUGACUCGGAUUGUAGUAGUCUUGGAGAGCUAAAAAAUUUGAACAUUGGUGGUUCACUAGAGCUAAAGCAGCUCGAAAAUGUGACAGAAGCAAGAAAUGCAAGACAAGCAAAUCUUGGAAAUAAGAAGGAACUGAGACAGCUGUCAUUAAGGUGGACAAGUGGUAAGGGGGAGGAACAGCAAUGUAACGAGGUGCUAGAGGUUCUCGAAGUUCAUGAUAGACUACUAGCUCUAGAAAUAGAAGCCUACCAAGGCACCAAUUUUCCAUUAUGGAUGGGUGCGUUAAGAAACAUGGUUGAGCUUCGGCUAUCUGAUUGUAGCAAAUCUGAGCAGCUUCCUCCAUUGUGCCAGUUACCAGCACUACAGCUUCUUCAUUUGGAAGGAUUGACACAGUUGCAGUUCUUGUGCAGCAGUUGUACAUCCUCCACAUUUGGAAAGCUUAAGGAUCUUAAGCUUGAUUAUCUUCCUAAUUUUGAUAGGUUUUAUGAUCAGGUAGUGCAAGAAGAGCUAGUAGCAUUUCCUCAGCUCGAGAAAUUGCAUAUUGAAGGCUGCAGAGAAUUGACAGCAUUACCAGAAGCGGGAGUGCUCAGAAAAUGGUAUGAUGGUGGAGAAUAUACAAUGGUCCGCUCAGCAUUCCCAGAAUUGAAGAGCCUCGUAUUGAUAGAUUUAUGGAGCUUUGAGAGAUGGGAGGCUGCCAUUGAAAUUGAAGUAGAACAUGCACUAUUCCCUUUGCUUGAGACUGUCCGUAUUUAUCGUUGCGACAAGUUAACCACUCUGCCUAGAGCACCAAAGCUCAGGGAACUAUGCCUAUCUAUGAAUUAUUAUAAAAACCAACAGAGGUCCCUGGGAGCAACUAGAUAUAUGACGUCACUGUCCAAUUUGAAACUGGAAAGAGUCGAGGUGGAUGGCAAGGACAAAUGGGACUAUAUUUCAUCUGUGACAAAUAUGCACCUUGACUCCUGCAGUUUGUUCUUCCAAUCACAUGCACUAGCUCUGUGGGCUUGUUUUCGGCAGCUGCAAGAUCUGGUUAUCAGGAGGGCGAAUGACCUAAUCUACUGGCCGGAAAACGAGUUCCAAAAUUUGGUUUCCUUGCGGAGGCUGUAUAUUGGGGAUUGCGAGAGUCUGGUUGGAUAUGCUCCUGACCAGGCAACAUUAGAAAGGAGCCAACUUUUGCCCUGCCUCGAGUCUCUAAGUAUAUCUUUUUGCGAUAGUCUGGUAGAGGUCUUCAACCCUACCCCUGCCCUCAAGGAGAUGGAUGUUGAAUACUGUAAAAAUCUGAAGACCAUAUCCUUCAAGCAACAGGACAAGACAUCAUUAAAUGCAGGUCAUCCUAGCACUGACGUCAUCAUGGCAUCCACUGCUGUACAGGAUCUCUCACCAUCCGCCGGCCGGAGUAAUUUCCUUCCAUCAUCUCUAGAAACUCUGACAAUCGAUGAAUGUGAUGGAUUGUUAGAGGUUCUCAAUCUUCCCUCAUCCCUUAAAGAAAUAUAUAUUAGUGGUUGCUCCCAACUACAAAUCCUAUCAGGCGAGCUGGAUGCACUCAGUUACCUAUCAGACGACUGUCCAGCUAUAAAGGACCUGCGGGAGCGGUAUGGCAUCCAUUUCUGAAGGACGCUCUCCAUCGCUGCUUGGGCGUCUCUGCUCCUGGCUUCCUCCUCCUACGGGGCUUCUGUGUGAAGACCACACGCCCUGUAGUAGGUCUUGGACAUGUCGGACAUGGCACUCUUCAUGGUAUCAGCCAGUACAUGCCUAGCUUCAUUCGUGUGAAUCUCCUGAGCAAAGGAUGGCAAAGAGUGAUGUGGUGGUGAUACUAAAAAAGAUUAUAAAGGACUUCGCCAAAUCUGCAUCAACCUCAAAGCAGAGUGCAGCCUAUUGAGUAGUCAUUACCAAGGCAAUUUCCCCUGUAUUUGUAUUCAUGUGCUCUGUUAACUUGUGCAAGAGAUGAAUAGCAUCAGCCAUCUCUUAUUUCAUUUUUCUCCACUAGUUAUUUGUAUCCUAUAUAAGAUUUCUGAACAGAAACUGUCAUAUGUAAUAUAAGUUUCUUCUAUUGGAGUUUCUUUUUUGAACGAACAA